GGCACGCUCGCGCGUAAGUCGGAAUCCUCGCGAAGAGGGUAAGCGGAACCCCCGGAAAACUUUGAAAUAUGCGGCCAUUGUAGUUCUUUCUCGCGUCUCUGACUCUGCUCUCAUUGUGCACGUUACUACUUCUGAUUGAAUUCGCGCUUGGAUUCGCCAGAGAUUUAUAGCGCGGCUUUCGCGCGCCGACUGCACCGUGUGACGCGAGGGCUUCCUUGACUGAAGCCUUAGGUCGGAUGUAUAGGGGGAGGUGUGACGUGCGAUGGCUCUAGAUCUUGGAGAGGAUUAUUAUUGUCAGCCAAGUGUGUAUCAGAGAUGUAUAACUGGGUUGGAAUUGAACGAAAACCGCGAAUUUCUAAGAUCACUCGUUCGGUUAAACCAGUGAGAUGAUUGCAGAAAAAAUUUGGAUAGAAUGUAAAUAGUGUAUAACUGAGUACUCGUUGUUUACGAAUUUCAAGUUUUCUUACUUUUAUACUCAACGAACAAACGAAUACAUAAAUACGUAAAACGCAUGUUCAGCAAUGGAAUUGUGAAAACGGAAGAAGAAGUGCUACCUUUUAUUAAGGCUAUCUUAUAAAGUUUCCUGUAUAUUCGAUCAUGUCUAGCUACGCACUUUGGCUCUGCGUUAUCGUUGGACUGAGUCUAAUUAUGUGCGGACAAGCUGCUGAGUUUAGAGUCCGCGUGACUUUCCAGGAUAAGUGCCACCGCGCACUUGAGAAAAAUUGCCGGGAAAGACGUCGUGUCGAAGGGCUCGCAUAUUUGGGAUGCAUGAGCGAUGCCUCCUACAAAAAAACCAUAUGUGACAACAUCGGAAAACACGGAUGGUCGAAAGCGUGGAUGCGGGAUGGACGUAGCUAAAAUAUGCGAGUGAGGGUAUUAUGUUGGUAAUGUUAUAAAUGUUAUUUAUUUGUGUACGACCUAAAUAAACUCAUUAUUUACUUUAAAA